UUUUAGCAAAAUAUGGCUUGCAAUUCCGGUACCUGCCAAUCCGGUUCCUGCAGAGACGAAUUUUCCGCCGGCGAAGACGGCCGGAAGCAACGGCCGGUGCCGGAAAUUGGAAAUGGUUCCGAUCACGCUUCGCCACGCCGCGGCGAAUCCAUUGCUGAAGGCGUCUGCAUCAAGUGCAAGGUUAACGGAACCAUCGCAACCACCCACCCUGCUAUUACCGGAAGCGGCGGCGACGCCGGGAGAUUCUGUGCCGAUUGCUUCCGGAGUAAUUUAUUUGGCAAAUUUCGGUUCGCCGUCACUUCGAACGCUAUGAUUUCGCCUACUGAUAAUGUUCUGGUCGCAUUCUCCGGCGGUUCUUCCUCUAGGGUGGCUCUUCAAUUUGUUCACGAGAUGCAACAAAAAGCACAGAAGAAUUUCGAUGCAACAAAAAGCACAGAAAGGGUGUUGCCAGUAUUCAGAGUUGGGGUAGCUUAUAUUGAUGAAACCACCGUUUAUCCUGUACCGUCGAAUGACUUCGAUAGAGCGGUCAACGAAAUGGAACUCAUUGUGUCGAGUUUAGCUCCACCGGAAAAACAAUUUUUUGUUGUUCCAACUGAAAGUAUUUAUUCAACUGAUUUUACUGCCGAGAGAGACCGACUGACCAAGUUAGUUGAUGCUGUCAGCGACGUCACUGGAAAACAAGAUCUCAUGAAGCACCUUCGCAUGUCAUGUUUGCAAAAGGCUGCUUAUGAAAACGGAUACACCAAGAUUGUUAUGGGAACAUGCACAUCUCAGAUAGCAUGUCAUGUCCUUGAAGCAACUGUCAAGGGGCAGGGAUUCUCUUUAGCUGCAGAUAUACAGUAUGUUGAUGCAAGGUGGAAAAUACCGGUUGUGCUUCCUCUUAGAGACUGUCCGUCUGAGGAGUUGAAUAUGUUAUGCAGUUUGGACAGUUUAAAGACUGUGGAAUCAUUAGAGCAACCUCGUUCUGGCAUUAAUGGGUUGAUAUCCUCGUUCGUGAAAUUAUUACAGGUUGAGAACCCUUCACGAGAAAGCACAAUCGUAAGGACAGCUGGCAAGCUCACACCGUUCAGUUUCAACACGGCUCCUGAAGUUGGUGAUGUCACCACUCAUUUAGCUUCUAAGAGGCGGCAAAAGAAAUACAACUUAAAACCCGAUGAAUCUCUUCCCACAGAAUCUUUCUGCCUUAUAUGCAACAGCCCACUGAAGAAAACCAACGAUUUUCACCACGGUGAAACACAUGCUGAAAUUUAUUCCGGUACAUGCUCCAGUUGCCAGUUCCAGAUUCUUCCAAAGGAUAAUUCAUCGAUGGAGUACUUUUGUUCGCUGCUUCCUCAGUCUAUGACAACCCUGCCUAAGUAUACUAAUGACAACCAAAAGCUGUUACGGGAGCAAAUACAAGAUUGUUUGUUGUCGGAGAGUGAUGAUGGGACAUCGUGAUUUAAUCAGCCUCGUUCGAUUUGUACCAUGUUCACUGCUGGAAUCUGGUUAGGAGAGUGUUUAUUUUCGUGCGAUUUUAUUGUGUUAUAGAUGGUUAUGUAUACGUAACCAUAUUUAUUCAUAAGGAAGAUCUUAGAACUAUACCGAAAAACAAUUUUGACGAUAUUACACC